AUGGACACACCUGCAGUGCCCGCUCCCCGGGAUGCUCGGGAGGCGGCUGUCCUAGAACGGUUGACGGUGAUACGAGACCAGCUUCUGCUAUUGAAGCGCGAUAGAACAACCUACAUCCGCAGCCAGGAUGUCAUCCCGCUAUACGAUCAGACCGUUGAGCAGGUUAGAGAACUGAAGACGAUCCGGGCCGAGACCGGAAGCAAAGAAGAGAACAGAGUCGAUAGGGUCAUGGAAAGCUGCUUCCAGCUCCUGUCGCUUUUCUACCUUACUGUCGGCAGGAAUAACGAAGCGCCAGCAGCCUAUGCCUUGACAUCGACCAUUAAGCGAUUACUGGAUCACCUAACCGAGUCCGAUCUGUACUCGGCCAAAGACUUGGAGAGCAUUAGCUCAACCUUGACAAAACUCGCCACCCUCCUGAACGAGCCAUCCGACGGCGAAGACUCGGAGAAGCAGCACUGGCCAUAUCUUGUUGAGAUGGUGAAGAACCGGGUCGAGCUUUGUCAAGCAACCACGGCAAAGCUCCAACAGAGACUAGAAAGAUUUGGAGAAUGCUUGCUGUCUAAGCACGAAAGGAUCAUCUCCAUCUUGCGCUCAAUUUCCUUGGCCAAUACGAAGUCCAAGUUCCCGACGCAUGAGGUUGAAAGGCUUCGAAAUAAGCUGCUCGAGAUUGGCGAAUCGCGCACAGACGGAAAGUUCUGCGCGGUGGAUGGGUCUGAGCCUCUAGGGCAGGCAGAGGUCACAGAGGUGUACAACCGUUGUCUCAAAUGGGCUGACCUGGUUCUUGAACGAAAGGGUGUUAUGGGAGAACAGUGGAAGCCAAUUUAUGAGACGCUGAGAAGUAUCCGGGGCGAGCUAGAGAAGUUAUCUCUGACCCAAGCGUGGUCCCUGCGAGAAACAGAUCUCUAUGACUUCCAGCGUCAACUGGAUAAGAUUGACGAGAGCCGGCAAGGUGGUAACUUUUAUGACGAGAGAGGUAGACCGGCGGACCUCUGGACGCAGCGAACUCUGCUGUACCUGACUAGGCGAUGCUAUGCCCAUAUCUACCAACUCAUGAUCGCAUCCGAACCGGUAUCGGAGGCGCUCUUGCCAGUUUACAACCAACUACAGACGCUGAAGAGGUGCCUCCGCGAAGUGCAGGACAGCGGCGGAAUAUCAUCUGCCCGCGAGCUUUAUCCAUACAGUAUGAAGAUCACAUCUUUGGAUAACAUGAGAGUCGAUGGCAAGUUUGUCGUGAAUGGCGAUAUUCCAGAGGGUCAGGGAAGCGUGAGCGAACUGCUGGCAGAGUGCUUUGAUAUCAUUUACGAGCUGCGGGUAACAGCUACGGAAGGCUCGCCUGAGCAAAACCCCUGA